AUGGCGCCAGGAAAUCGUAAAAAUACAGUUAUUUCAAAAGCUUCUCUACAAAGUCUCCUUAACCAAGCAGCCAAGGAUAGCUCAACUGCUGCGUCAGCUCGUAUUGGAGUCAGAAAACUUUUUAACCAAUCAAAUAUGUCAUCUGAUGGAGUGGCCGGAGCAAGUCGAACCACUGAAGUUCAUAAUGGUUCUUCUGGUGAUAAUACUACAGAAAAUCACACUAAUGAGAGUGGCAUUCCACAAACCCUUGAAGCUCCCAACCAAAAUCUGAAUUUGGAUGCACCUGAAGGUUCAACUGGUAACCUUCAGGAGACAUCAGUCAAAGUUGCUGUUUACAGUGAAUAG